AUGCAGAUCCAUCGUAUCGUCGGUUUCGAAAUCGUGCCGUACAGCGUCGUUCAGAUGGCCCGAGCCGACGGCUCUCUGUCGUGUUACCAGUCGAACUCUUCUUCUUCUGAUCUUUCUCCUGCUUCGUUGGAUACCUCAGCAGACUCAUCCGUUCCUGCGGGGAAGAGGAAGAACGCAAUCAAUUCACCUCCAACGGUGAAUGAGGGCCGCGGAGGUUUUCCUUACUACAUCAGUCCCUCGCUUGCAACACGCUUCUUAGGCGCCCGAAGGGAUGCUGUAGAUGUAGGAGCUGGAGGCUUUGAUAGCUUCAAUGAUAGUAAAUCACGGGAGAAAGAGGGUAGUAAUGGUAGUAGUAGUAGUAGUGGUCGUGAUUUUGGACGUGGAAGAAAUUCCAGUAAUAGUAAUAGUAGUACUAGUAGUAGUGGCAAUGGUAAUAGUAAGAGUAGUAAUAGUAGUAGUGGUCCUACUGACAAUGAAGGUAUAUCGUACUUGCACGACUUGAUACGAGACCAACUACGUGUUGACGGUGCUACCCGUGAUAUCGCAUUUACGUACGACGUUCUGUGGCAGAAAAGUAGUACGCCCUGGUCACAGAGAUGGGAUGCUUACCUGAAGAAUGCGCGUGACAGUCCAAUAAUUCACUGGUUUAGUAUCGUCAAUAGUCUCGUGGUUGUUUUGCUACUCAGCGGCAUUGUAGCGAUGAUCAUGCUCAGAGUACUGUAUAGAGACAUAGCCAAGUACAACGAACUUCUAGUAGAUGAGGACGAAGCCGAAGAAACCGGCUGGAAGCUUCUCCAUGGAGAUGUCUUUCGGAAACCCCCUCACUCCACUGUCCUUGCAGCACUCGCUGGCUCGGGCAUGCAAUUGAUUGGCAUGGCGUUUGUGACCGUCGUCUUCGCGGGUCUCGGCGUCGUCUCACCCGCCUAUCGCGGAAGUCUACUGCAGACCAUGUUACUACUGUGGACGGUAAUGGGCGCCGCUGCUGGAUAUACAUCAGCACGUCUCUAUAAAAUGUUUAAAUCUACACACUGGAAGAUGACAACCAUCAGGACAGCGCUGAUGUUUCCAGGCGUUGUGUUCGCGAUUUUCUUUCUACUAAAUCUAGUCUUAUGGAUACAAAAAUCUUCUGCUGCAGUCAGUUUCUCGGCAUUGCUCACACUACUAAUGCUUUGGUUCGGCAUUAGUACCCCCCCUUGUUUUCAGGGAGCGUAUAUCGGAUUUCGACAGCCUCCAAUUUCUCUGCCCGUGAGAAUAAACAAAAUCCCGCGACAAAUUCCUCAACAGCCGUGGUUCAUGCAGCCAGUCCUUUGUUGCCUUGUUGGAGGUGCUCUACCGUUUGGGUACGUCUCUUUCUCUGAGUUAUUUUUUCUCUUCUCUUCUAUUUGGCAGCACCGCUUCUACUAUCUCUUCGGAUUUCUAUUUCUGGUUUUAGUCAUCUUGUGUGUCACUUGCGCGGAGAUAUCGAUUACCUUCGUCUACUUUCAACUUGUGUGCGAGGACUAUCUCUGGUGGUGGCGAUCGUUUCUCUGCAGCGCUUCGAGCGGUGUGUAUGUCCUUUUAUACGCCGUAUAUUAUUUUCAUUCCCGUCUAAAGCUGACGCAUGCAACAGGCGCAUUGAUCUAUUUCGGAUAUUCACUCAUUAUCGCCUACGCCUGCUUCAUUCUUACAGGUGCCAUUGGCUUUCUGGCGUCAUUCUUUUUUCUGCGAAAAAUAUACGGCUCCAUCAAAGUGGACUGA